UCUUUCUAUAUGAUGAACAUGGAUGAUGUUGAUAAAGUUGAUGAUGUGAUGUUGCCUGGUUUUCGUUUCCACCCAACAGAUGAAGAGCUUGUCGGAUUUUACCUAAAGAAGAAGAUUCAGGAGAAACCAUUGCCCAUUGAGCUCAUUAAACAAGUCGACAUUUAUAAAUAUGAACCCUGGGACCUUCCAAGGCUAGCUGCAUCAGGGGAUAAAGAGUGGUAUUUCUACUGUCCAAGGGACCGAAAAUACCGGAAUAGUGCAAGGCCUAACAGAGUCACAGGAGCCGGGUUUUGGAAGGCGACCGGAACAGAUAGGCCUAUAUACUCAUCUGAUGGCACAAGAUGUAUUGGCUUGAAGAAGUCCCUUGUGUUCUACAGAGGCCGAGCUGCCAAAGGGAUGAAAACCGAUUGGAUGAUGCACGAAUUUCGGCUUCCUUCGAUGUCGGACUCAACGUCGCCAUCGAAGAAGCUCUUGGACAAAACAUUUCCUGCAAAUGACGCAUGGGCCAUUUGUAGGAUAUUUAGAAAGACCAGUCCCAUGGCUCAAAGAGCUCUUUCCCACCCUUGGAUAUCCUCAUUGCCAGAGAUUGUACCAUCUGAUAUACUCCACCAUGGUCGGUUCGGUUUGGAAAACAUUUCUUGCACUACUGAAAUAGGAUCAACCAUGCAGUUAGGCAGCAACGGUGAACUGCAACAAGGCUGCACUGCCGGUUUUUCGGCUCUAGAUAUUCCCACGUAUAAACCAUUCCAUCAGACAGUUUACAGGCCAUCUCCAUUUCCUGUGUCCAAUGGAGAACUUCAUAACAACUUGAUGUUUUCUCAGCUUGACAACAUGUCUGGAUCAUCCAACAAGUGCAUUGUUGAUGCCUCUUCUGUACUGUUGAACCCACCAAUGAUUGCCAAUGUUAGCAAGGGCUCAGUGAGUAACAAUUUCGGAGGUAAACAACAGGAAUACAGUGGCUUCUCGAUCGGCUUGCUCCAAGAUAUGCAAGGUAAUGGAGGUGUAGUGGAGAGCAAGGAAGGAACGACGAAGAACUCAGAUUCAGUCCUGGAUUAUAACCAUUUACCGAUGAGCUUUCCUUUUAGAUUGUCUCCAAAUGUGACGGAUUCAUUGGAUUCACCGCAAUGCCCUAGUGAAAUGUCCACCACUUAUUCAACUGAUAACUGCUACACUUAA